AUGUAUUAUGGAUCUUCGGCGGAUAGAUAUCGCGAUUUCGUUGAAGACUCAACUACACACAAGCUGAAAAGCGCGUAUUGGUCGACUAAACAAACAGUUAUACGGAAACUUGGCAGAGAAGAGGACAAGUACGUCGUUGCAUCGGACUGCGAACUUGAUGCAAAGCUUGCGGUAGGCGUCUUACUACAAAAGCUGUCUUUGUUUGUUGUUUUUCUUCCGCUGAUCCCACCCACUUUUUAUCACCCAGCUUUUCAAGUCUGUGCAAACCACCUGUCAAGAUUUGAUGUUGUGUACGGAUCGUUACCUUCGGAGUAUAUAUGGUAAGUUGCAGCUUAUUCUGCUCAACUAGGCAUUAUCAGGUUUAUCACAGGCUGAAAAUGAGAUGGGACGGUUUUUAAAAUCGAAGAGCUCCGAAGAUAAGACCCGAGCUGGCAAAAUGCUGGCCGCCGUGGGGAAGGCGCUUUCUCAUUCAGCUCAACAGCGGUAGGUGCUAUCUAAAACCAUUUUAGACAGUUAUCACGUUCGAUGACCGUUCGAAGUAGUUACCAUAGCCUAUCUCGACACAGUUCUUGCCCCUCGCUCCCCUCCAACAACUAUUUUUUUCUCAGUCUCGCUUUACAGAACCCAUUGACUCGACUCCAACAAGAGGUUCAAACGUUUCGUAAUCGAGCCAUUGAUGACACAGCCUCGACUAUCAAACGAACGGAAGCCGCACGCAACGACUAUCGUGGUGCGCUUCUCUGGAUGAAAAAUGUUAGCGAGGAAUUGGAUCCGGAUAUGGGCAAAAAGCUUGAAAAAUUCCGACGAGUCCAGACACAGGUGCGUUCACUUUUGCGAUUCCUAUCCUUAAAACGCUUUCGAGCCUUUGUUAUUCCUUAAUGAAUUUCGACAUAAUGUCCACCGAAGACAUCGACGCUGACUGCUCUUUUUAAAGAAGAAAUAGACCCACAUCUUCGGUUCUUGGUAGACAUUUAUAUCCCACUUCAACGCCAUUAGGUUGUGUUUGAUCCAAGAACCGGAUAUCGAUGAGUGGCGACGCCGACCUUAUGUCUAGCGAACUCGCAGUCGGCACAACUUAUUUACCACUGGUUACUUAGAUGUGUGCUUAUUUAAGAAAGCCGUCAUUUUGAGCUGACGGUGAACAAGCUCAGCCUGGUAGGGGAGGACUUGUUGUUUGUUCUGAAUAGGAGUAAGGGGUAUUGAAAUUAGCUUUGCCUUUAUUCACAUUUUUCAAUCCCCGUUCUCCUAGAGGCUGGGUAGUUCAUUUAUACAGCAUGUACCUAAACCACUAAACUAUUGAAAGGGAAUGUUUAUAUGCCCUACUGCGUGAAAAUCUGCAGCAACGAUUCUUGAGAGCCCGACCUCUCUAAUGCAACGACAGAAAACGAGUACCGAAGGUCCAGAAGCCAUAUUUAUGUUUUAUCUAGUCGCAUCAAACCAGAUCUUGAGUAUAUCUUCGACUCCUCCAGGUGGACAGUGUCUUCAGACUCGAGACCAUAGGACUGCUGUCAUGAGUGGUCGACAAAGAACGUGCCCAACUCCUUCAUGGAUCGCUUGAAAUACCCUCACGAUGUUUGUGUAGCAAGCGCGGACUAUUUCAUUCUAGACGAAGUCGGUGAACUUCGCAUUAAGGAUAGUUUCCAGGCAGAGGUGGUCAGGGACUUUCAGUGCUUACUAGUCUUCUACGUGCGCAACUCAUUGUUCACUGCUGUACAGGAGGAUUGACCGGCACAGGCAGUCCAUAUGCACCUUCUAGGGUCCAUUAAGACUUCGAGUGGCAUCGAAUCGGGUGGUGUCGUCCUUAUCCCGACCGCUUGGCAACAACAUCGGCCUGAGAUAUUUAAAACCGUCCACUUCGUCAGGCUGACAACUAUUAUUACCAAAAAGUGCCUCCUGCUCAAACAUGCAAUUCAACUUUCGGUCUUACUGACAUUGGUAGAUAAAAAACUAAUUCAUUGGCCGUGUUCACUCAUAACGUUACACCUCAUAGGUCACUGUAGAUUGACACUGACAGGACGGUAUCUUUAACAUAGUCAAAGCCCGUCAGUUGGCGUCUACGUGCAGUUUGGACGCCAUCUUAACUCAGUAGUUUUUUUUUUCGAGAAUCCGGUCGAUAGUGCGGUUAAGAAAGAUGAACGACAGAAUUCCACCUUGUUGCACACAAGACCGAAUCUCGAGCGGUCGACAGAGUUGUGAGUCAAAGCUCGAACCGCGAGUGGUUGACAGUAAGUCUGCCGCAAAUUUAAUUUUUAUGUGCAUACCAUCUAGCUCCAUUAUCCGCCACAGGGACUUACUACGAACAAUCAGUCGCUUCAGCGCAGAUGAUCGGUGGUUGUCAGUAGUUAGAGUGGGGCUCGAGAAUGCACCGCCAUGUGAAUACUUGAUCAAUACAUCUACACCUAGGUCAGAACCCAGCUUGGUGGGACCCUGUCCUAGAGUCACUCACAAUCGGAAACUACCCGAAAAUGGCAACGUAAAGUAACUUUGGAGCAUUUCCGCUUGUUCCCAAACUUCAUCUCGUUGGCCUUCUUGAAGGCAGUCGUACUGAUGGCCAGUCCUCACUUAUUGGAAACAAGCUCAUCUCCCCACACCUACCCAAUUACAUCAUGGAGUGAGAACGCCAGAAUGUUAACACUGACUAUUCGGAGUUCAGGGGGACACCUUGUUGUGCGGCCACAGUAUUUCUUCGGUGGGAACUGGAACCAACGGCACUGUCCAGGUUAAACGAGACUAUUAUUUCGCUGCAGAGCGUGACGGGUUGGAGUCAAGAAGGCUCUGUAUGUGUUCACGCCAUCGAUUGACCGGGUUGUGCGCGGUAAAACGGCUACUCACAUCACGAACAGUCUGUCGGUGCAAUUUAAUUAUUAGUAACUUGAAGAAUAAUCUAGUAGUCGAGUGUCACUCGCAUCUGCGGCCUAUUCUGUGGGGAUCGCCACUUCGGCUCAGUAGUUUUUGCGGUCACUUUUGACCGGAUGUGCUGUCAUUUUUCAGAGAUGGUUGAUGCGAGACUUAGCUUGAGCCCCCAGGGCGGGCAACUAUAAGGCCCCUUGGUCGACACAGUUUACUGCCGCUGUCCAAAUCCGAGGAAUCUGAGUUGUCUCGCGGUCUAAGGACUCUAGCGGUAAGCACUUGCUGCUAUCUCCUUCCUCCAGUCGGUUUGCGAAAUGAGGUCAGAUUUUUAUGUUCAUCUUUUUCAUAAUUUUGCGACACCAAGGCGUCUUGCGCGACAUAGUUAGGGCGCCUGUGAACUUUCAGGCAUGUUUGAACGAGAAGAAGGUCUGACCUAUGGGCAUUGUCAGUUUCGUAAGCACGCAUCGGUCUUUUAUUGUGAUUUCACCUACGAAACAUUUGUCUGACCAGGACUUGAUUAUUCAGACUGGCAGAUGUUUCCGACAAUGAUGGCCGCAGGUGUUGGUGACAACCAGCGGGUUCUGACCAAUCAACUUAAUCAUCCACUAUAGGAUGGUUACUUGAAGAGUCGUUUGCCACAAUCUGGCCAUUCCAGCUCCGGGAGCAAUCAUCAUAACACGGGGGGGGGGGAGGGAGUCUUUCCGUCAACCCCUUUAGUUUCGAGUAGGUUUCUUUAUCGCGCUGGUCGGUAGUGCAUGUUAGCCUGUACACAAACGACAGGGGUGUUGGUAAAGUGCCCGUUCAGUUGUACGUAGACUAAUUGGUCAUUUUCUAGUUCCAACGCAGGUAAUGCAUAGUUGGCCUACUGGCAGAGGGCGGUCAUCACACCAUUUUUACCCGAGGAUUCGUGUGGGUCGCUGUGAAAGGUGGCGGUGCGGGUAUUGAUCUCUAGGAUUCUAAUUUCCGCUGGCCUCACGCUGGGGAUCCAGAUCUCAUGCUGUGGAUCCGGAUCUAGUGCUGGGGAUCCGGAUCUCAUGCUGGGGAUCCGGAUCUAAGGCUGUCGUCAGACAUCCAGGUUGUAAUGAUAAAGGCUGUAUGCAGUCAGACUUUCAGUAUUUGUUGAUACUUUCUUUGAAAAAUUUUUUACCGGUUUAUUUGGAAACAUAAUUUACGUUUGCGCCGUUCCUCUAGGUUACAUUUUCCGUAGUUUUGUUCCGGACACUAAGUCAUCUGCCUCCCCACGUUACGAUGUAUGUUGCAUACUUUGUAAGAAACACGACUCAUCUGGCGAUAGUAGUCUACUCGACUUUAAAAACAAAUGCGCGCUACCCCAAAGUUUGUAGAGAGCUUAAUUUCCUGCCAAAUAUGCACAGGAAAUGAUAUGUCUAUUGUAUAAAGCAUGACUUACGUAGAUGGACGAAAUGGUCCUCAUUCAAAAGCCAGAAUUCUACCAUAUAUGGGCUCGCUCUUGGAAUACGUUCCCCAGCCCCACCUGUGUCACCUUUUCCACUUGAAAGCUUCUCGAUAAAUUCCACUGAUUGUUUUGGGGGCUUCCGUGCAUACUGCGCUGGAAGGUAGGUCGAUCAGGUUCUCUCCGACCGUUUUUUGUUUGUGCCAGCCAGUCGCAUUGCGGGAGACGGUCCGAAUUGGCCGACCCUCAGUUUGACUGGCGCGAACUACGACGUCUACCGUGUGUCCCGUUGCACGAAUUAGCUCAAGGUUAUGACGUACUUGCGCAGCAUCUGCGACAAUUUCUGCUUCCGCACCCACCUAAGCUCGGUGGCAAGACUACUUGCUUGUACUUGAUACGGCUGUGAUCAUGCCUGAUCUAGCCGGCCUCGAUGAUGUCCCGAACUGUACCUCUCCACGCGUGACGAUCCGCGGCAGCAGAUCUAGACAGCUCAACCCAUUCCCUUCGCCAACGACGGAGACCGAAUACCGAAGGUCCAAGAACCACCUCCAUGUCUUGACGGACAGUGUCGAGCCAGGUUUUGAACUGACCCCCUCUCCGACGCCUCCAAUGGGGCAACGGUGCCGGAUCAAGGGUAGUAUCACUGAGCUCCUGAGAUGGACGAGGAAGAACAUGCCCGAACCACCUUGGAUGGCCUGAGUUAUCCUUGCGAUGUUGUCGCAGCGAGCGUGGACUGUCUCAUUUGAGACGAAGUCGGCGAACUUCACUCGAAGGAUGGUUCUCAAGCAGUGGUGGUAAAAUACCUCCAGUUUUCGCUCGUCCUCUACGCGCAAAGCCCAGCAUUCACAACCGUAGAAAAGGACAGAUCGGACAGAUGCACGGUACACGCGAAUCUUUGUGGCGAUGGAGAGGUCACGUCGGUUCCACAGGCAUUUCCGAAGGCUUGAAAAAACCCAGCGGGCAGCAUCGAUUCGGGAGACAGCGUCAUCCUUACUCUGUCCAUUAGGCAGCAGCCUCGUCCCAAGGUAUUUAAAACUGUCUACUUCUUCAAGUUGACGGCCAUUAAUCCCGAGGGGUGCCUUCUCCUGGUCAGGGAUGCAGUUUGAGAACACUUUGGUCUUCCCAGCGUUUAUGGACAAACCGACUGAUUUAGCGACCUCGUUCCCCCCCGUGACACCAUAGACUGCAGAUCACCAAAACUUGGAGCAAGUACGGCGAUAUCAUCAGCAUAGUCGAGAUCAGUCAGUCGAUGUCCGGGUGCAAGUCGAUGACCGAGCCAACACGGUCGGACUGCCCGUCUAUACACACUCCAGGUAGAGACAGCUCGGAUCCCCUCGGAGUGGGAAUGUCGUAGAGGUCGCAUUAAGAAGGAGCCAUUGCAACCUGAUUCACGCUCGACCAGUUAGCCACCCCACAGACGCACACAUAGGACUGAUUACGAGGAUCGAGUUAUUCCCUCAGUUGGCAGCUGCUCAAGUCUUUGCUAUCGUCCUACUCAGGCGAUUCGGGGCUAUGCGUGACUUUAGUACGAGGCCCAGCCAAGCCAGAUUUCGGGCUGGACGUGGAUGUGCGGACCAGGUGUUCACAUUAAGGCGCACUCUCUAAUUCAGCCAUAACUACCGGCAACCGACGGCCGUCUGAUUUGUUGACGUUUCCGCCACGUUCGAUUUCGUUCAUCAUGAGUCCCUGUGGUGGGCAAUUGCACUAAAUGGCGUGUCGUCAAAAAUUAUUGCCAUGAUCAAGGCCUAUUAUCAUUUCACUAUUAGCUGGAGUUCUUGUCCACAACAAUCUUUCCCAACCGCUUGGUAUUCGGUCUGGCGUUUGACAGAGUUGCAUCCUGUCGUCCAUUCUGUUCAAAUUGACUGGAUUCUCAGGAGGGUCCUACACGAAGAUGACGGUGUUGACUUUGCACCCGGGAACCAACUGACUGACAUCGAAUAUGCUGAUAAUAUUGCAUUAUCUGCCUCAAGUUUUGGUCAUCUGUAGUGUAUGGUAUCACAGGUGAAUGAGAUUACUAGAAUGGUCGGCUUAUGAAUAGACGCAAGGAAGUCAAGCUUCCUGUUGUCACAAGAUAAACGUUUAUUUUUGUACCGAACGCAGGAAGUGGCGCUUUCCCCAAAAUUUAAUUACGCACCCCAUCGUCGAAUCCAUUCCUCAGAUAGCAGACAGCCGGUAGUUUAAUGUUGAAUCUCAUCUGAAAGUUUUUUCAAGGCUGUGCGUAUGUUCUUCACUUUCAGCAGUCUGUCCUUCUAAGCAAACAUUACAUUUAUUCAGAUGUUAUUACACAGAAUGUAGGUGACCAGAUUUGUCUAUCACCAGUCGGUAAAAAUCGGGAGAGGGCACCCAAAAUUACUGCCGGUCAAAGCAGCGAUCUUAUCGCAACUGUCCUAAGCCCCUUGUCCUCUGCAAUUAAUGGUAAAAAUUGAUAAUCCAAGUGUUCGGUCAAUGGCGGUCGUAUUGCAAUUGUCCAUAGGUAAGCUACUAUAGAAUACUCCGCAUAGGGACUACUGCGAUCGCCCGGCAGCAGUGGGAGCUUAUAUUAAGAUUAUCUAACGUAGGGUGGGUCUACGGCGAUCGUUUCGCAACUGUCCAAAGGGUAUGGUGCCAUAGAUUGAGCCGCAUACCUACAACUGCGGUCAUUCCUCACCUAAGGAAGAAGUGUUCAUAAUGGAUAAGUCAAAGGGCCGGUCCACAGCGAUCGUAUCGUAAGUGUUUGAACGUAUGCUACCAUAGAUUAAGCCGCAUAUCGACUACUGCGCUCGCUCUUCAGCUGUGGAAGCUAAUGUCAAGGUUGGUAAACAUAGGAUGGGUCUAAAGCGAUCAUUCCCCACUUCCCUAAGUGAUCCUGGUCUAAAGUAAGCCGCAAACGGACUAAUGUCCUCGCUCGUGACCUAAGCAUGCAUAUGUGAAGGAUGGCAAACCACCGGUCGGUAUACAGCGAUCGUUUCUGAACUCUCCUAAGAUUUAGUCGCAACUCCACUACUGCUGUCACCCUUCAGCCGUGUAAGCCUAGGUCAAGGUUGAUUAACCAUGGCUCGGUCUGCACCGGUCGCAUCUCAUCUGUUGGAGACUAUGAUAAUCUAAGUGAGGCAGCAUGUGCACUGCAGAUCAGAUAAAAUUGAGGUCGUAUGAAACAAAAAAAUUGUAGGGCCAUAACCUGCUCAAAUAGCUAUAGCAAGUAUUAUUUCUAGGCAACGGAUAUUUGGGUGCCCUCUCCCGAUUGUUACCCACCAGUCCCACGCGACGCUGUCCCGUUUUAUCCCGAAUCGGUCUAAAUGGAUCUUCACAUCCUCUUUUUUUUACUGCGUCGCUCAGUGGCGCCUAAGUGGAGGAGGCAUUUGGAUUGUGCCUUAGAACCCACUAAAGGCGACUCCGUCGAGGCACACGUGUUUGCCGCGUCGCAGCCGCCGCAUCUGCACGUAUUUACGACCUCCUGCAUCACCCGCCAGUUUAUGCCAGCCUGACACCAGCCACGUGCUUCAGCGUACGGAGGUGAUGUAAUGCACAAUUACUGCCGCCGCUUUCCACAUCUGUGUUAUUGAGAGGCGGGACUUCAAUCAGUAGCGGGCCUGCGCUGUGCACUGACAACAUCUGCCGUCUCUUUUUGUGCAACUGCACCGUCAUGUCAGCGCCUCUCUCUCUCUUCCGCCUUUUUGACUUUCUUGCAGGUGCGCAAGUCCAAGGCCACCUUCGAUCGCCUAAAGCUGGCUAGCAUGCAGAAGGUAGACCUCCUGGCUGCCAGUCGCUGCAACAUGCUGAGCCAGGUACUCGCCGCCUACCAGGACACGCUGCUGCAGUUUUGGGAACGUACAGCCAGGCAAGUCGUCUGCUGUCCCAGCACCCUCGAAAUAAAGUUGGUGGUAGCGCUGCCCCCCCCGCCCCUCCCCUCCUGUUUCGUUUUGUCGUCCAGUCACCUGCUGUGGCUCAAAAGGCAUAAAGCAGUCUUUGUGUGCAUCUAGUCGCCGGCAGGCUGCACCAGAACGUCCAGCUCACUUGACAGCCUCCUGGACCGCGGCUUUUAGGGCAUCGUGAUAGCCAUCUGGUACUGAGAUUGGGCGCGAGUGGUUGGCGCGGCGCGGGCCCGCACCUAGGCGUGCCGCCGACAGCCACCUGUCUGAGUAUGACAGUCACCUGGCGUUGGAAUAGAGGCAAACCUUCAGUGACGAUGCCCGACGGUGAUAGCGUCACCUGGGAUGUCAUGCCCUUAAAUGGUACUAAUCAGUUGCCCGCGCUUUAUUGGUAAAAUUUCUGCUUAUCAGGCUGGGCCACGGGUGUCUCUCCAAGUCCGAUCAGCCUGGUCCGGUUGCUGAUGGGGGACUUUAUGACGGGUUGAGGUCAACGUGUCAGUAAAUUCAGAUCCCCGAAGUCAGUCAUUCGUUCCCGUGUUUUCACGCUUAGGAAGUUGAAGCCGUGCCCUCUUCAUCAAACAUAGCAGUCUUGAGCUCCUGGUCUGUAGUCCCGGUCAGUGCGUUCAUGUAGUCGGGUCUGCAGCAUUCACCCCGUUUUUCCGGCAUAGUUACGGCCGCAUUCUCAACAACCAAUCCUGUAGACUAAUACCAAAUUUGUCAGGGACUCAUUGGCCCACAUCAGAUGGUGGCGAAUUAAGUUUUGUGGUCUGUUUCUCUUCUUGGGACACAUUGACUGUGCUGCCGACCCGACUCUGCACAGCUGAGACGUUAUUCUUUUAUUUCGUGAACAGUUGCCUUUUCGAACCCGGAGUAAGUUAUCCAAGUAAAUACCAGAGGAAAGUACCAGUAAAUAAAUGCAACUUAGUUACCUGCCUGUCUUAUUUCCCCCUCUUAAUUUCUUAACAAUAAUUCAAAGCGUAAUGAAAAUUUUGGUCAAGUGACUCAAUGUGGGUCUUCUUAAUUCAAUGCCAAUGCAAGCAUUAGGUUGAACGACAGGCCUUACUGGUUGGACCUCUGAUGCUUAGUCAACCUCUGUAUAUUUGGGUUUUAUGUGCCCUGCCUAUAAAGCAUAUUGCAUUCCAUUCCUUCAGGACAAUGGUUUCCGUGUCGGAGAGCUUCAAGGGCUACCAGUACUACGAAUUCUCAUUGCUGAAGGAGCUCACUCCGGCAAUUCGAAAAUUGGCCCAGGAGACCUCCAAGUCCGCUGAGGACGACACUGAAAAUGACUCGUAAGUUUUUGAUUAUUGCGACUUUCUUCGCCUCCUUCCAUCAUCGCGCCUAAACCGUCACCUUCCUUCCAUGCCCAUGUCAUUACCUGUCUUUCCGGCGGUGCUCUCAGCCCUGUAUUCCCAGUGGGAUUUUGGUUCCGCUAGUCCCCACGCUGAAUAAUUUCUCCGCACCCUCCCCCCACUUUCGUUGCUCCUCUUGGCUGAUCAGUCUUCAUUGAGUGGCCCUUUUUGCGAGGACGCUGGCACAGGUGCUGGGUGCUGUUUGUGUGUGUGCGCGUGUGCAGUUUUAGCUAAACACAAAAUUAAAGUCGACACAAUUUCAGUUCGCCAGACUCGGGAACGCAUUCAAAAAAAUCUCCGGUACAUAUUGAGACUGAUGAAGGUGCUACAGACGCGAAGAAUGACAAAGACGCGGUGGAAGACUUCUUUCUACUGCAAGACCUAGACUUCGACAAUCACCAGGACCGGAGGUACUUUAAUGGUCGACAGGCGCGUCAGCUACUUAUUUCCGACAAGUAGACAUGUUUUUGUCAGAUAAUACUCUGCCCUUGUGGCAACAUUUUUGAUCAAAGCAUUUUUUACAAAUUGGUUUUUAAGCGCCUCUAAGGAGGGCGCAGAGGAGCCGGCGGAAAAUUUGCUCGAUGAGGCGGAGAUGGACAAGAAACUGGACUCACUCUUUCCUGAUGACCUCCUGACAGCGGAUGACCACUUACCGCCUCUUCCAGGUAGUGCUGAAGACAAAAAUGGCCCAUCAGGUAGUUCCAGCCGAAUGUCUAAAGUGUUGCCUUAUUUAUCUACCUCGUGUGGAGGUAAAAACGAUGGAUUAUUGAUCCCUACUUUUUAGACCUACUUGGACCUACAGCAAGUGAAGAUUCCGAAUUCUUAAAUGACAUUCUCUCGAUGGCUCCUUUAUCGCCCACCACCGGUGAGGAUAAAGCAUCUGCAUCUGAAAAGCCGUCUGGUAUCGACUCUCUGCCACUUUUCAAACCUUUCAUGUCAUCCACCGACCUCGGCCAACCAGGUUCCGAAGGUAGGGAGCAUUUCAUCAUUUUUUUCCAUAGUCGACCACCAAAGCGCUGUCUUUGGAAACGAUUCGGACAACCAAAAACACGGUCUUCCUUUUUCUCUUGCAGAUUCGCCUUUCCAUCUAAAUUGGGAUAGCCAUCUGAUGCAAAUGACUGACACGCACGGCAGCGUCGGCGGCAGCACUCUAUCGAGUCCAACCACUGGAGUACGUUUUGUUUUGCUGAGUUCCGUUACUACUUCAUGCUGACAGCAUGCACUGUUUAUAAGGGAAUCAGAGGGGACGUUUUCUGGGGCGAUACUUUUAAAAUCGCGUGCCUCAUUUGGCGAAUCCGACUGCUCAGCAUCAGAGGCUGGCGAGUCCUGAGCUCAGCAGGUUCUUCGUCCAGCCGUGUUCUCUUUGUGCGAGUCACAAUUCCUGUUCAACCGUGGUUUGUUACACUUAAUUCCUGCUAGCCACAAUAGAAAUUUGCGAGGCAGUUGACAGUACUGCCACGUACUCCGCAGAGAAGUCGAUUUGGCCCUUGGUUGGUGGUUGACGCCUACGACUGUUGCAGGUACCUUCGCAAAAAUCGGCGUCGUGCCCCGUUUGGCCUCGUGGGUUGCUGCCUGCGACCGUGGAUUUGACCUCCAUACCGCCAGUAGGUGCUCGUGCAUCCUCGUCUGCAAGGAUCAGUGGGUUUCCCUGUCGUAUUUUAGGGAACACGAUCAGCCGACGACGGAGUGCCGAGUCAGGCCUGUGGGUGACUGGUCUUUCUAGUGGUCUGGGAGAUCCAACCACGGCCUUGAGGGCUACCUUUAUGUACGAGGCGCCUCAUCGUGACAUUUCUGGAAACUUGUCCCAUAGAUGCCGUCGACUCCGCCUUACAGACGUUUUUGGACAACCCUUUUUCCUAAACUUCUUUCCGAAUUGAUUGAGUCAGGCGACGCGUCCUGGUUAGCGUCAUCGAAUCAUGGCAUGUGUAGCCAUGACCUGAUUGCCAGGUUAGCCAUCGCGUUCAAAGCCAUCUUCAAUAGUCCCGGUGAGUAAGAAAAGAAGGUAUGUGUGAUAAAGAAGGAGAGGCUAGGUCUAAUAAUAAAUCUCUAAUAAGCUAACAUGCCGUCGAGCUAUUAAAACGCCCUAGAACUAUUGGUUUUGGGCUUUGUCAUCCGACUUUUUUUACGGUAUGCUCUUCGAGUGAUUGGGGGGUGUUGUUCGUGUUGGUGCCUAUUUGACAGGCGCAUACGCAGCUGUUAAUCUUGUAGCGGGCAGCCAUCAUGACCGGUCUGAAGUCAUUGCUCAAGACUUCGCUGCCUCAAGGUCAUUCACCCCUUUGCAGUGAGCCGUUCCAGACACGCUGACCUGAAGUCGCACAACCGACAGCUCAGGCAUACCUGCGUCCGCACAGCCGCAGCUGCCCAUGCAGCCACUUGGACGUACCCUACCGCCUGCAACCAGCAAAACGAGCCACUGGGACACUACCCCUUUGGCAAAUGCAACACACACCGAUUCGAGACACCUUGAGCUUGGCCCACGAGCCUACAAAAGCGCCUGCUUUCACUGUCCCACGGACUCUCAGGCCUGACUGGACGCAGCCAACACCAGCUCUGGCUUCGCCAGUGGCCACUGCCGGUUUCUGUGCACAAUAAACCCCUCAUUCUAGUGCCUUCUGUCUCUCUCCUUCCAACACUAGGAUUUAACCUGGUGACGGUAGCGCACAGACCACCCGCUACAAUCUCAAGCCAGUCGUCUAACUCUUGACUUGCCGCCCAAGAAUGCUGAAAAAGACGUAGCUGUUUCAACGGUCUUCCCCACUUUAACCCGACUCAUAUGCAAGCCACCACAGCUUCCCCCCCUGAAUUGGUGGUGGACCUCGUCGAGUCAGCCAGAGCUGUCGAUUGCUGGACUUGUCUCACCACUGUAGCUUGCCGGCUGGUUUCUGUUUUACUGCUGCCCGAGGCGGAAAAGUCGGUCAGAAAAUUUGUCCUAUGUAGCGGGUCCUAACUAUCCCGGAGUGGCCAAGCCCACUUUGUUCCCCCCACAGUACUCGAUCUUUUCUUAGUCGGCCUAAAUCGCCCACACUUUUAGUUUGCACGAAUCGAUUAUCUCAACAGUCAACACAGACCUGUGCAGGCAACGGCUUCACCACUCGGCGACGGUCUUACGCGAGUUCCACGAGAUCCUGAGUUGUGGGCUGGCCGUCGUUCUCGUCAUAGUGUUUUUACAUAGCAGGUCGCCAAUUCCCUCGACUCGGGGAGUUCGGGGUAGAGAGGGAGUGAUUGUAUAACGCCACUUCUAAUUUUUAUUCAAUUUUAAGGACUGUCAAUUUGCGAGGCCGCGACCACAAGCUUUAGUUUAUGGAAUGGCCAGUUUGUAAUCCCGUGCGUGGGUCAACCUUGAAGGUAGGUGAUUUGUCUGAUAGUGACGCUCGUCCUGCGCCUCCUUCGAAGACCAUGGGACCACGCCAUAUCUGCUUCCCUCAAGUGAUAGCGUUGCAGUACUUUAACCGUACCUCAGUUUCGAGUAUAUUUUUGAUAAGCGGUGUCAGGGAGCAUGCUCUUUAAGUUUCCCGUGCCGGUAGUGUCCUAACUUUGUUUUGAUAAUCCGCUCUAAGACGGUGGCGGUGGCGGACAAAGACAAGGGAGACUGGAAUGCCUAUUUCUGGCUUAUUAGCCGUCAUCAGCCAGUCAUACCCAACCCCGAAGUGUGGAACACCUGGGGCUCGAGCUUGCGACCUGUUAAUUAGAAGUCCAACGCCCAUUGGGCCACGUGCCCGUUGUCCUGUCGGUUUUUGGUCGGGAAUAGACAAUGGUAGGGGACGCUCACCGAUCAUUCUUACGGAACUCACUCGUUCCGUUGUGCCUUACGGGCUCUCUCUCGAGCCCAACCAGCGACCACACAGCGGCACAUGAUAUAGGCAGAAUGCUAUUACCGACAAAGACAAGGGCGACUGAAAUGGCCAUUUCUGGCUUAUCAGCCGUAGUCAGACAGUCAAAUCCAACCCCGAAAUGUUGAACACGCGAGGCUCGAAACAAGUAAGUUCCGUAAGAACGAUCGGUGAGCGCUCCUUACCAUUGUAUAUUCCCGAUGGAAACCGACAGGACAACGCGCUCGUGGCUCAGUGGUUAGAGGCGUGGACUUCUAACUAACAGGUCGCGAGUUUGAGCCUGGGGUGUUCAACACUUCGGUGUUGGGUAUGACUGGCUGAAGACGGCUAAUAAACCAGAAAUGGAAAUUCCAGUCUCCCUUGUCUUUGUCGGUAAUAACAUAUUGCCUAUGCCAUGCGCCGCUAUGCAGCUGCUGGUUGGGCUCGAGAGAGAGAGCCCAUAAGGCACGACGGAACGAGUGAGUUCCGUAACAACGAUCGGUGAGCGCCCCCCAACCCUUGUCAGCCUGCAAGGUGGCUGUGCCGGUGUCUGCUUUCAACUCACUUUGCUGCAUUAUUUGCACGUUGGUUUCCCUGCUAACCUUUUGCGACAAGGUAGUCCGACCUUGGCGGAAGGCCAGUCAGGUACGAUACUUAUUUCAAGGAAGUGAAACCCCCGCUCAAUGGCCCUUGUCUACCGUUGCUGAGGCAGAGUAGUUGGACUCGUCGCUUGAAAUCCCAAACUACCCAUAUAUCUCCCCAGGUCAGCGCCUCAUCUGUGAGUCGCAUAGUCCAGUAUAUUUCAGGGUAGGAGGCAAUGCAUCAGAAAACCACACUCUUAUGGGACGAUGAAGCAAGUGCAUGUCGAAGAAAUCACUUUAAUUAUGUGUAUACUACUCACGCCACUUCAGCAACACCAUAAUUACACCGCAUUACUGGAGAGGGGGAUGGUGGUUGUCCACACACCGUAAGAGGGACGAAACGUUUGUUUUUAAUGGGGCACAUUUGAUUUAGUGAACAUAGUCGUUGCUGUUUAUCGCUGUUAUUAUUAUUAUUAUUAUUAUUAUUAUUAUUAUUAUUAUCUCAUCGGCCGUUAUCUGGCUUGCUUUCCUUCACUCUUCAGCCAACCGGGGGCUUUGAACGGACGUGGCAUUCUGCCGCCGCCACCGCCCAGUCAGCGGGUAACUUGUCGUCAAAUGCUUCUACGUCAAGUCAACCACCGAAGGGUCCUAUCGGCACGACCAAGAAGAAGCCCUCUAAUAAACCCACAACUGUAGGUCGCCCUUACCCUGUCUGUUACUUGCUCACGAUCGUUAACUCGCCCUUUUUCCUUUUUUUUUAUCUCCUAUAGGGUAAUGUGGAUGACUGGAUGAAGUUCUUCGCUGACCUUACUCCCAUGGGCAACCCAGACCAGCAAAGCAAGAAGACUGGACACGUACUAGAUGCCUAG